CAUAAUCUGCCCCCAGUCCCCACCCUAUAAAGGGCGGUCUCCCGCCCCAAUCCCCUUGUCCCUUUUCUUGCGAUCCAAUUCCGCAAAAAUUCUAUCUCAAGGCGGAGAGAAGAAAAAGGAGAACAAAGGAGUCGAGAAACCGAUCGAGGGUUAGGGUUUAGAGCGAGCCAAGAGAUGCCGAAGAACAAGGGGAAGGGAGGGAAGAAUCGGAAGAGAGGGAAGAACGAGGCGGACGACGAGAAGCGGGAGCUCGUGUUCAAGGAGGAUGGCCAGGAGUACGCCCAGGUGCUCCGGAUGCUCGGCAAUGGGCGCUGCGAGGCCAUGUGCAUCGACGGCACCAAGCGCCUCUGCCAUAUCCGCGGCAAGAUGCACAAGAAGGUCUGGAUCGCCGCUGGCGACAUCGUCCUCGUCGGCCUCCGCGACUACCAGGACGACAAGGCCGACGUCAUCCUUAAGUACAUGCCCGACGAGGCCCGGCUCUUGAAGGCCUACGGCGAGCUCCCCGAGAGCACUCGCCUCAACGAGGGAAUCGCCGGAGGCCUCGACGAGGAGGACGAUGGCGCUGGCGACGACUACAUCGAGUUCGAGGACGAGGACAUCGACAAGAUCUAAGAUUCUGGUGGCCCUUCUAUCGAUUAGGGUUUGGACCAUACGUUACAAUUAGCCAUAUCCUUCUUUCUGAUGAAGUUCUUGUUUGAAGUCUAUCUUUUCUUUUCUUUUUCCUCUUUUUAAUUUUUUGCCUUUCAUUAUAAUUAAUUGAUGACAAUACUAGAUCUUCUUGCAAGGUAAUGGAUUUCUAUUUUUAUCAGGAUGGUCGAUGAUGGAUCUAAGAAUUCCCAUGUAUAAUUGUCUGAGUUUUAUUCUUAUGUUGAUGGUGAUGGGUCAUAUAUGGGAUUAUAGGUGUUCCUUGUAUCGAUAAUCUGAUUUUAGUGAUUCAAAUAAUGGUUAUCGAGUAAAGUUUCCUUUUUU